AUGAGCCCUCAGGAUCCCACUGUCAUCAGGGAGGUCGCAAACGGUGUCUGGAUCUUCUCUCGGCCAUUCGCGCGCUUUGGCGUGUUCCCUGUGGGAGGUCGCUCGACCGCCGUGAAGCUCUCGGACGGAGGAGUAUGGGUGUUAGCAUCGACGCCCCUGACCGAGAAGACGAAGUCCAAGCUCGAUGAAAUAGGCCCAGUCAAGUGGAUCAUCGGAGCUGACGCGGUUCAUCAUCUGUACCUUGGCGAAUUCAAGAAAGCGUACCCCGAUGCGAAGCUGAUCGCGGUGCAGGAGGCCAUCGACAAGCUGAAGAGUCAGAAUCUGCAGUGGGAUGGAGCUUGGGGAAAGGAUCCUGCGGGGACGCAAUAUGGGUUCGAAAGUGACGUUCAACACUGUUACUUCUCGGGGUUCAGAAACAAGGACGUGGCGUUCUUCCACCCCGCCUCGAAAUCGCUCAUCGAGGCCGAUUUACUCUUCAAUCUGCCUCCGACAGAGCAGUACUCCUCAUCAGGGUCUUCCGGGAAGGUACCACUGAUCGGCGAUAUGCUGACGCCCUGGACCUGGGCGCAUAAGAAGUUUGCUUCGUCACAGGCAGUCGACACUGAGGCGAUGAAACGGGAUGCGAAGACGGUCGCUGGCUGGGGUUUCACUAGGAUCAUACCCUGCCAUGGAGAUGUGAUCGAGGAUAAGGGCAAGGAAGCGUGGCUCUCAGCAUACAGUGCUUUCCUCGAUUGA